AUGGGCAAGAAGAUAGCUUCGCUGCGUGUGGCUAUUUUCACAUUUCUAGCAAGCUGCAACGCCUUCCAAUUCAUCACCAAAAACACAUUGCCAUCCAACGACCUCUCCGCUAAUUGUAUCGCCAGUCUGACAAAAGAUAUCCCGAACUGUCCACGCCAGAUUAGCACCUUCGCAAAAGGGUCCUAUUUUGAAGCUGAUGCUCUCGAGGAGGCCUGUACAGCCGAUUGCGCAGCCUCGAUUUCUGCGUAUAGCUCAGCAGCCAAUAGCGCGUGUGGUCCUACGGAUGUUUACAAUAUCACUGACACCCGCACUGCACCUAUCUCAUUCGUUCCAGAAUUGCUCUACUACUACUUCAACCGGACUUGCCUACAAGAUGGGAAUCGUUGGUGUAAUCGAGUCGCAUAUGAGAUGUCAAAUGGUACCACGCCAUCUCUACGAAUGUUUGGUGGCAACGAGACUGCCAGUUUGAAUGGAUCUGCUGAAGCCAUUCCGUCUCCCAUCGUUAGAAGACAACAACAAAUGGAAAUCGAUAUGUGCGAUAACUGUGUGAUCAAGGCAUACCAGUUCCAGGCCGGAUCACCCAUUAAUGGCGGAUUCGCACUUCAGGCAAAUUACAGCUCUUUAACGGCAAGCUGUUCAAAAACCGGAUUUCCUUUAGCGACCUCGACAGCACCUUUUGAAGGACCAACUCCCACCCCCACUGCACCAGGAAAAUGUACUGGCACGACGUACACAAUCAAGUCUGGCGACUCCUGUCAAUCAAUCUCCAAAGCCCAGAACGUUGCUACGUCUUGGCUUCUUGCGGAUAAUGGACUAAAAGCAUUUUGUGCGGAGUUUCCUACUACAGGUGACCUCUGCGUUCAGAAUAGCUGCAGCACCUAUACAGUUCAGCAGGGUGACACUUGUCUCGACAUAGCGAAGGCGAACAGGAUAAGCCAGGUGCAACUAUAUACAUGGAACCCAGUCCUUGGAUAUCUAUGUAGCAGGAUCGAAAAGUCCGUCGGCGACACCAUUUGCGUGACUCCGCCGGGUGACCAGGACUUUGAGCCCAACCCAACAACAACCCUAGUUCCCACGCCUAUCCCCACUGCAACGCCGACUGCAGCCCCGAUCCCUGGCGACCUUGCAAACGGCACAAACACCCACUGCGCCAAGUUCUACCAAGUCCAGCCAGAAGAAUACUGCAACCUUCUCGUCAUCAAGUUCAGCAUCAGCCUCGACGACUUCCGCUUCCUCAACCAAGGCAUCAACGACAAUUGCACGAACCUCUUUGCAUUUGAGAGCUACUGCGUCGAGCCUGUAGGCCCUGUAAAUGAGUACCCCGGCCAUCCCGACUACAUGCCUCCUGCAACGUCUGUGGCGGAGAUACCGUACGAUAGCCUCCCGAAGGCAACGUAUACCGCGCCCCCAAUACUCGGGUUACCGACACCGUCGCCGUUGGCUAAGGGAACGAGGAAAGAUUGCUUUUUGUUCAUGAACGGUGCGAAUUUGACCAUUCCAGAGACUAUAUUACAGGCGUAUUCAUCGACAUGUGAAGCACUUGCUACAGGAUGGGGAAUCACGUUGGAGCAAUUGGAGAACUGGAAUCCAUCUCUUGUGACUAACUCGACAGACUGCGCGCCAUCAAAAGACCUUCGGUACUGCAUGGCCGCAUUCAACGGUGGAUCGGCCGUGAAUGCCACUUUGCCUGAAGAAACAGGAGACUUUUAUCCGAUCAGAGACGGUGCUAUUGAGGGAUGUGUUGAAUACGAGGCCGUCGUCCCACCAAUGACUUGCCAGUCGUUCCUCGAUCGAAACCACAUCACCAUUGCACAGUUCUACAAAAUGAAUCCCUCUGUCGGACCAGAUUGUACGGGUCUAUGGCUCAACUACCGCUACUGCGUAAGCACCGAUGCCGUCCCCACCGACGUCAUCUCCAGCACCUUCACACCCACACCCACACCAACACCAACAUCCGCGCCACCCACGUCCACUGCGCCCGCGGUACCCGGUCCAACGCACCCCGGUACAGUUGCCAAUUGCAACAAAUGGCACGUUGUUGGUUCGGGUGAUACAUGCUGGACAAUUUCCCAACUCUACAAUAUUGGGCUUGAUACAUUUUAUCAAUGGAACCCUGCGAUCCAGAACGAUUGCGCGACGAAUUUCUGGCCGGAUUAUGCGUACUGCGUCGGGAUCUCGAGUUAAGCUUAAUUCUGCGUGUGCUGGUGUUGGGGAAGCGGGGUGUGUAGGAAGUUGCAGUGUUCUUUUUGUGCAAGAUUUCAAGGUUGCACGGGAGGGGGUAACUGGGGUGUUCAAAGCAAGUGAAUGUGUUUAUAAUUAGGGGCGGGGGCAUAGUCGCCAUUUAGUCAGCUAAACAUGCCCAUUGACAAAGACAUCUUAUGAUGACCGCUACUUCAUAAAUCCAGUAGAAGACGUUAUACUAGUAGCGACUUGAUCGAGGUGCUGGC